CCUCUAUGUGUUCCCGAGACACAAAAAACUGCGGAAAUUGUGAGCUGCAAGGAUGCGCAUCGGCAAAGAAGUCACCGGCGACAUGUAUGUUUGCAGUGAGCACUUCAAGCAGGAAGACUACUUCUGGAGCCACUUCGAUGGGAGCCUAAAGCCUCGUCUGCCGCGGCUGAAGAAAGGGGCCGUGCCUUCAUUAAAAAUACCUGUUCGGACGCACGAAACACAAGUAGAACCCCGACCAAGCAGAAGGAAAGUGACAGAGGCCAGCCAUGGUAUGAAACCAGACGAUUUACCGCCAGCUGUGUCUCGGGAGGAGGUUUGCGCCUGCGUGCCCCAGUCUUUCCAUGUGCAGCCGAAAACUGUGUCACCCAUUGUACUCCCACCAUCCACCCAGUACACCCACCAUUCACCCAGCACGCACACCAUUCACCCACCAUCCAUCCACCCAGUAGACCCACCAUGA